AGCAGGGUCCCAGGAUCGAAUCCUGGUGGGUCUGGCGAUUUUUUUCUCUUUUCAGGCAGUUCACUUCCCCAACUGAUCCUUUGAUACAUGUAGUAGGCACAGUGAUUGCUUCACUUUUGUUUCUCCACCUGCUGGAGCGGUAAUUUGCCACCCGAAUGGCGUGUGUGGUAGCAUGAACAGCAAUGAAUAACUUGGUAGGGAACAACUUCUACCUUCCAGGUCCGGAUUGAACCAAUUCACAACCGAUCCCUCCAUCACCGCUAGUUUACCACAACAAGAGUAUAUAAACCGGCAGUCUUGACCACACCAAUUGAUGCUUUCUCUGCAUGGCCGCUGAGUGUGUGCCGGUGUUCUGUGGGCCUGGCGGACGCAGGAUGUCCGGCCGAAUCCCACCAGUUCGACAUGCGCGGCUGAUCUGCAGGCUGGUCACUGGAGACUGGGUAGUGUCCAUCUUCUCAAUUCUGAUCGCCUUCGGCCAAGCUUCACCAUCUGCGGGGGCCACAUCACAUGCAGAUAUUCUGGCAACUGCGCGUAAUCCCGUACCUACUGGCACACGGCUCAGCCUGAUGUGCACACCGCCGGCAAGCCUGAUGCAAGCCGCACACCACGUCGAAUACAGAUGGUAUACUAUGAGGCCCGGCCAGCACGGAGCAACGUCACUAGCAAAUGCGGCCGGCAUCUCAUACAGGGACGGCAACCGUGUGUUGACGAUCGUGUCCGUUGGACUGGAGAACAUCGGAACAUACAGAUGCAACGUAGUGUUUUUCAACUCCCAGGGAGCCCGGCAGAUUUCUUCAGCGGGCUCUCGUGCAAUAACAGUCAUAACCCAAGAGCAGCUUCUCCAACAACAGCCAAAGCUGCAACUUGCGGUGCAGAGACCACAUGGCGUCAUUGCACCCGGAACCACUGUGCACUUCUACUGUAUUCCCAAGAAUGCAGACAAUGUCCAGUGGCUGAUCGACGGCCAACCACUGACGGAUACACACUUCUAUCUCAAGCGAGGUUCAAAGAAUCAAACGCUGGCAUGUCGGAACCUGAGCCCAGCCGACCAGGGCAAGGUCAUUACCUGCAUCGCAACUGCUUCGUCCGGCAAAAAUGCAACAACAGAUUUUCCACCAAUUGCUCUUUCUCAACCAGCCACCCAAGCUAACCAGGAUACAGCUGAAGUGAGCACUAGCAGCCAUGCUACGGAAAUCCACACUGUUCGGCCAGCAGUGACCAGCACUGUACAUCGCCAAUCACGCGCCGUUGACUUGACAAGUGUUGCCAGCAAGAGGAACACGAGGCCAACAGCCACCACGGACAUCGCCCCCAGCACUACAACUACAAUCACCAAUCCUGCCGCACACUUUCUUAGAGUUUUCCUUGAACUGAAUGCAAGCUGCAACACCGAUCAGUGGACGCCGGAGCUACAAACGAGAGGAAAGCGUCUAGUUAGGAAGCAACACCACUGCCAAAGCAGACUUACCGGCAAUUUCCAUCACCGGCCACCCACCGACAAGACACAACACUGCAAUGCUGACGCGGGCAACACGGAGACGGGUGAUACCACCUCUCCACAACACCAGCAUCUGAGCUCUAUCUGGGAAGCAAUCAUUGAUAUUCCAAUCCAAGUAUCCAGUAUCACAACACAUCCUAAUGACAGCACUGUAGAAACACUGUUCAGCUGCAUACGGCCCUAUAUUAGACUCCAAGGCCAAAUGGUCAAAGUCCGAAGAGUAUGCUCACCAGUUUCAUCCGCUAUCUGCAUCAGCUUAAGUACCAGCGCACCUAGCCACCCCGCCACGCCCGCAAUCUCUGCGCUACCCACCAGUGAACAGAACUUGACGCCACCGAAUAAUGAAGUCCAUCAGCCAACUACAGAACUAAUACAGACUUCAAACACUAUUGUUGUAGAGACCGGCAUAGAGGACAAAAACAGUAAAAACCUGGAGUCAGACGAUGGCAAUGACACUGGCGAUACGGGUGAGAAUGAUCCCGAGAAUGCAGCCGAGAAGAUCACGUUGAUAAUUUUCCUUGCCAUGGGCUGCGUAGUGAUAGUUGUCUGUGCAUUCGCACUGGUUCUGGUUGUGGUGGCGAGAAGGAGCAGCCCACCACAGGUGCCACAGCCACAGCAAGUACCAGUACUGGUACCGUAUUAUAGUACCAUCGCAAAUAACGCUGACAACAACCCAAGGCCCACAAGCACCAGCUCACAGCAACCAAUGCUACCCAGUGAAUAAGGGAAUCGUCAAAAGAAGGAAAUUCUACAAUUCUACUAGUAUCUUGCUCUCUGGACCUUUCUUGUUUCCACAGUCGUCUACUACUAGUACUCGUCAAAGCAAAUGUACAAACUUGUUUUCUAUUUCUUCCUUCA